CACUAGUACGAAUUCACCCGCCAUUUCCCCAUUUAUACUUCACUCAGCUUCUUCAAUCUCUAUUCAACGAUGAUGUGGAAUCAACCGUACGGGAAAAACGACAUGGAGGCCGGAGGAAGGCCUCUGUAUCCGGCGAUGUUAGAGCCGCCGGAGAUGAGGUGGGCUUUCAUCCGCAAGAUUUACUCCAUCAUUUCCAUUCAGUUGUUGGCUACGAUCGCGGUGGCUGCCACGGUGGUUACUGUGCGUCCGAUAUCUCAUUUCUUCGUCGGGACUGGGGCUGGCUUGGCUCUUUACAUUGUCCUCAUCAUCACGCCUUUCAUUACUUUGUGUCCAUUGUAUCACUAUUACCAGAGGCAUCCGGUUAAUUAUCUUUUGCUUGGAGUUUUCACGCUUUCUUUAGCUUUCGCGGUUGGAUUGACGUGCGCUUUUACCAACGGAAAGGUUAUUUUGGAGUCGGUGAUCCUGACGACAGUGGUGGUCGUGGCUCUAACAUUUUACACCUUCUGGGCUGCAAGGAGAGGCCAUGAUUUCAACUUCCUUGGCCCUUUCUUGUUCGGCGCCGUCCUCGUUCUUAUGGUUUUUGCUUUGAUCCAGAUUCUCUUCCCACUGGGUAGAAUCUCCGUGAUGAUAUACGGUUGCUUGGCUUCGAUCAUCUUCUGUGGUUAUAUCGUAUACGACACCGAUAACUUGAUCAAGCGAUAUUCGUAUGACGAGUACAUCUGGGCUGCUGUGUCUCUGUAUUUGGACAUCAUUAAUCUCUUCCUCUCAUUGCUUACUGUUUUCAGGGCUGCAGAUAGUUGAGUUUCAUUUUUGUUGUUCUUUCGAGGUUCAUAAGAUAUUCGUAAUGAUCACCCGAGUGUUUGCUGUUGA